GCUCUGGAGGCUCAGGCGCCGCGUGGGGCCGGCACCUCGGGGCAGCAGCGGCAGCCGAGACUCACGGUCAAGCUACGGCGAGGAGUGGGACGCUUACUAUGAAUGGAACUUGCAGAACUGGAAGUUGCUCUGGGUGGCUGAAGCCAUACUAUUUUAUAGAAUUAAUGGAAAGCAGAAAAGACAUUACAAACCAAGAAGAACUUUGGAAAAUGAAGCCUAGGAGAAAUUUAGAAGAAGAUGAUUAUUUGCAUAAGGACACGGGAGAGACUAGCACGCUAAAAAGACCUGUGCUUUUGCAUUUGCACCGAACAGCCCAUGCUGAUGAAUUUGACUGCCCUUCAGAACUUCAGCACACACAGGAACUCUUUCCACAAUGGCACUUGCCAAUUAAAAUAGCUGCUAUUAUAGCAUCUCUGACUUUUCUUUACACUCUUCUGAGGGAAGUAAUUCACCCUUUAGCAACUUCCCAUCAACAAUAUUUUUAUAAAAUUCCAAUCCUGGUCAUCAACAAAGUCUUGCCAGUGGUUUCCAUCACUCUCUUGGCAUUGGUUUACCUGCCAGGUGUGAUAGCAGCAAUUGUCCAACUUCAUAACGGAACCAAGUAUAAGAAGUUUCCACAUUGGUUGGAUAAGUGGAUGUUAACAAGAAAGCAGUUUGGGCUUCUCAGUUUCUUUUUUGCUGUACUGCAUGCAAUUUAUAGUCUGUCUUACCCAAUGAGGCGAUCCUACAGAUACAAGUUGCUAAACUGGGCAUAUCAACAGGUCCAACAAAAUAAAGAAGAUGCCUGGAUUGAGCAUGAUGUUUGGAGAAUGGAGAUUUAUGUGUCUCUGGGAAUUGUGGGACUGGCAAUACUGGCUCUGUUGGCUGUGACAUCUAUUCCAUCUGUGAGUGACUCUUUGACAUGGAGAGAAUUUCACUAUAUUCAGAUAAAGUCUCGCUCUGUUGCCCACCCUGGAGUACAGUGGCACGAUCUCGGCUCACUGCAACCUGCGCCUCUGGGUUCAGGCGAUUCUCCUGCCUCAGCCUCCUGAGUAGCUGGGAUUACAGGCACCCAUCACCAUGCCCAGCUAAUUUUUGUAUUUUUAGUAGAGAUAGGGUUUCCCCAUGUUGGCCAGGCUGGUCUCAAUCUCCUGACCUCAAAUGAUCCGCCCACCUCGGCCUCCCAAAGUGCUGGGAUGACAGUCGUGAGCCACCACGCUCAGCCUGCCCAUUCUAAUAUUCGAAACUUGUUAGACAAUUUGCUACCCAUCUCAUGUGAUAUUUUAGGAAUCCAAUAUGCAUGGUUUAUAAGUUCUUAAAAAAUAAAAAUAUUCUUUUACCUGUCA